AUGAUUAUUGCGUUUAACUGUGGUAGCUCAAGUAUUAAGUUUAAGCUCUUCGAUAAGGAUCUCAAUACCCUUGCUUCUGGUGCUGCAAAGAACAUUGGCGAAGAUCCAACUAUCAACAUCAGUGGAGCAGCUAGUGUUAACGAAACUAUUAGCAAGGAUACAGCAUAUAACGAUAUAUUCAAGGCACUUUUGGAUAAGAUAUUCAAAGCGUUGAAUAUCAAAGAGGAUGACAUCACAGCAACUUCACAUAGAGUAGUUCACGGGGGUAACAUCGACAAACCAGUUGUAGUUACCAGUGACCAUUCUGAGAAGCUUAAAGAAAUUGAUAAAAUUAGUGCAUUUGCACCAUUACAUAAUGGAUCGGCGCUUAUGUCACUCGAAGCGGUUUUAGAACAACUUCCUAACACCCCAGCUGUUAUUGUAUUCGACACUCUCUUUCAUCAUACUCUCCCUCAAGCAGUACGUCAAUAUGCGAUUGGGAAACCGGAUCAUGAGCCACGCAUUCCACUGCAGAAGUACGGAGCGCAUGGCUUAUCAUACCAGAGUAUUCUUAAGAUUGUAGCUUCAAAGUUAGGCAAGAAGGAGAACGAAACUAGUAUCGUCGUAGCCCAUUUGGGUAGUGGUGGAAGUGCAUGUGCUAUCAAGAAUGGUAAAAGCGUUGAUACAACUAUGGGUCUCACUCCAUUAGAGGGUUUGCCGGGUGGAAGUCGCACAGGGUCUAUUGAUCCGACAUUGAUUUUCCAUUUAGUCCGCGAUGUAGCCGAGACACUAGAUGUAAAUGGUAUGCGCGUUUCAAGAGGAGAGUACAUAAUGAAUAAACAGGGUGGAUUCGUCGGUUUAUGCGGUACAUCGAACUUUGGGAAAAUUUUAGAUGAAAUUCCACCAGCAGAUCACGAAUGUUGGAAACCAUGGUAUGAGGGUGAUAUGCCAAACAAAUACGCUCUUGCAUACGCACUGUAUUUGGACAGGCUUACUCAAUACCUUCUUUCAUAUCUACAAAAGCUCUCGCACGGCCAAGAUCCAAAGAAUGCUAUUGAUGCAUUGGUAUUCAGCGGUGGAAUUGGAGAGAAAUCAGUACGUCUUAGGAAGGAUGUCGUAGAUAGACUUAGCGUGUUUGGUGUCUCAGUCGUUGACUCGCUUAACAAUCAAGCGAGUGAGCAGGAAGACGAAGGGGCAUUUGCAUUGAGCAAUGACAUUUCGAAAAUCCCAGCGUAUGUUUGUUGGACUGAUGAGGAGGGCGAAGCUGCAAGACAAGCUAAAUCCACGCUCAAUGUUUAAAUCAAAUGAUUUGUAAUUAUUAACUCAUUUUAAAAUGAAUAAAUUUC